AUGUCAUCUACAAAAGGAACCGUCCUUGUUACCGGCGCCAAUGGCGGCCUUGGCUCAGCCAUUGUCACCAAUCUACUUCGGAAACCCGAGUUGGCUAGCAACUAUGCAGGUCUUUACACUGUCAGAAAAGCAGCAUCAGCAACUCGUCUCCAAGGGAUCUUGAAACAAGCUCCUGAAUCUCACAAAAACGUCCUCGACAUGGAUCUUAGCUCACUAGCCAGUGUUAGAACAGCUGCAGCUGAGAUCAACCGUCGAGUAGCUGCUGGAGAGCUGCCUCCUAUCAAGGUCCUUAUCCUUAAUGCAGCUUACCAAGACCACGAGCAAAUCACAAUGACAGAUGACGGCUAUGAAACAACUUGGCAAGUCAAUUUCUUGGCCAAUCAACUCCUAGCUCUACUCCUACUUCAAAGUAUGGAUAAAGAGAAGAGCAGAAUCCUUAUCAUUGGAAGUUGGUCUCAUGACAUUGAUGACGAACGUAACAAUCUCGGUGGGCAAGCCUGCUACCAAGGUUAUGACAGCCUCUUCCCUGGCCCAGACGAGCUUGCCAGGGGUAAAUGGAGUAGACCAGACACUGGUGGAGGAUGGCUCACUGGCUUUCGACGAUACGGAGCAAGCAAAUUGUGUGCCGUGAUGCUCAUGCAUGAACUUGUAAACCGACUCGCUCAAGACCCGCAACUCUCCAACAUCACAGUAACAGGUCUAGAUCCGGGCGCUAUGGCUUCUGACCUAGUGCGACGAGGUGGUUUCCUAAUGUAUCAGACCAUCAAACUUGCCCUCCCUAUCAUUUCUCCUCUUCUUGUUAGGUUCAGCCCUAACGGACCCUAUCGGCCUUUAUACAAGAGCGCGGGAGAUGCGGUGCAGCUCGCAUUUGAGAGGGAGGCCCCAAAGGGUAGAUUGCUCUACUUGAAUGGCACGGACGAACUUGAGACGGGAAAGGAAGCAAGAGACGAUGCCAAGAGGAAAGCUUUGUGGACCUACGGUUUACAGGCAGCGGAUAUUAAGCGGGGAGACACGAUCCUACAAGACUGGCAGUGA